GUGUGGAAAAAGCUGCUGGCCCAGGGUUCCCUUGCUUGCCUUGGCGUACAUCUGCUCAAAUUCUUCCAGCCCUUCAAGCAGAAAUGGCGUGGGAUCUGGGCCAGAACCCUCUUGCAGUGACUCAAAUCUGCCCACCGUACUGGAACAGAGUGAAUGGUCCUUAGCCUCCUCUCCCUUCUGAACUGACUCUCGCCACCCCGGUGGUUUCAGCCCCGGGUGCCUUCACCUUUUCCUUGCGACUCCCCUCCACUUUGCUCCUCAUAUACUCCCUCUGGUUUUCCUGCCUCCCUCUUCAGCGGUGGGACGCAAGGCUGGACCAAAACCUCCGGGGAAGAGCUCUGCCAUCAAGGAAAGCAGCACAGGGCUAGGCCCUACCCAUGGACACUUUCCAGGUCAACCCAAAGGCACCAGUGAGGCUGCUCUCCUAAGCCACAGAGGGCCUGAGCACACCAUCCUCUGGGAGGAGCCAUGGUGUUUCGGAGGGGCAGCUCCCAGCCAUGGUCCGGACCAGGAGGGGGCAGCGGUUGCACAGGCUCCCUAGGCAUGCUCAGGGCUGCCCUGCUGCUUGUCAGCCUGGCAGGGGGUGCCCAGGGAACAGCCAGUACCAACCUCAGCACAGCUCUGGGCCAUCCUGGGCCACUGCCAGGGGGCCGCUACUUGAGCAUCGGGGAUGGCUCUGUGGUGGAGUUUGAGUUCCCAGAGGACACUGAGGGCAUCAUUGUGAUCUCGAGCCAGUACCCAGGCCAGAGCAAUGGGCCAGGGCCCGGUCCCACACUGAGAGUUACCUCCUUGGACACAGAGGUGCUGACCAUCAAGAAUGUAAGUGCCAUAACCUGGGGCAUUGGGGGCGGCUUCGUGGUGAGCAUCCACUCAGGCCUGCCUGGGCUAGCCCCACUGCACCUCCAGCUUGUGGACCCCCACGAGGCCCCACCCAUGCUGAUCGAGGAGCGGAGAGAUUUCCGCAUUAAGGUCUCACCUGCCGAAGACACCCCUACCACCGUUAGCGCCGGCCUCGUCCACUUCUCGGAGAACCCCAUACUCUACUUGCUCCUGCCUCUUAUCUUUGUCAACAAGUGUUCAUUUGGGUGCAAAGUGGAGCUCGAGGUUCUGAAGGGGUUCCUGCAAAGCCCCCAGCCCAUGCUGCUGGGCCUGUUGGGCCAGUUUCUGGUCAUGCCCUUCUAUGCUUUUCUGAUGGCCAAGGUCUUCAUGCUGCCCAAGGCCCUGGCUCUGGGCCUUAUCAUCACCUGCUCGUCACCUGGUGGCGGGGGGAGCUACCUCUUCAGCCUCCUGCUCGGAGGGGAUGUCACCCUGGCCAUCUCCAUGACUUUCAUCUCCACAGUGGCUGCCACUGGUUUCCUGCCACUGUCCUCAGCUGUCUACAGCCGACUGCUCAGCAUCCAUGAAACACUGCACGUGCCCAUCUCCAAGAUCCUGGGGAGCCUGCUGUUUAUCGCCAUCCCCAUCGUAGUAGGUGUGCUGAUCAAGUCCAAGCUCCCCAAGCUCUCUCAGCUGCUGCUGCAGGUCAUUAAGCCCUUCAGUUUUGUGCUGCUCCUGGGUGGCCUCUUCCUGGCCUACCGCAUGGGAAUCUUCAUCCUGGCGGGCGUCAGGCUGCCCAUUGUGCUGGUGGGCCUCACUGUGCCCCUGGUUGGCCUCCUGGUGGGCUACUGCCUAGCCACAUGCCUGAAGCUGCCAGUGGCCCAGCGGCGGACAGUCAGCAUUGAAGUAGGGGUGCAGAACAGCCUGCUGGCCUUGGCCAUGCUGCAGCUGUCCCUCCGCCGCCUUCAAGCCGACUAUGCUUCACAGGCCCCCUUCCUCGUGGCACUGAGUGGCACUUCGGAGAUGUUGGCCUUGGUUAUUGGCCACUUCAUCUAUAGCAGCCUGUCUUCAGUUCCCUGAGGCCCCUGGGUCAAGCUUUUGCCACUCCUAGCCCCCACCCUACACCCACUGUCCCCACAGUUCUUGUGUACCAAAGGCCUUUAGUUCUCAUGCACUAUGCACUCAGAAAAAUCCAGGCUUAUUUUUGUUACUGGUUUUUUAUUCUCCAGCUUUCAGUGCCAAAGAGGCCAUGCUGAGUUGGGUAUGUGGGCACUGCCCAGAAAAUAUAUU